AUGGCCGGCUCAAUGCAUCUGUCGCGCCUCCGGAGGUGGUUCCUUGCCUCGCCGCCGAUCGAGUUUGCCAUCACCAACCUUAAGGAGCUACUGGUGGGCGCACUCCGCCAGGGGCCGAUCCCGCAACAUGUCGCCUUUGUGAUGGAUGGAAACCGCCGGUUUGCGAGGUCACAUGGAAUUGAGACUGUGGAGGGUCACAAUCUGGGAUUUGAGGCACUGGCUAGGAUCCUUGAAGUCUGUUAUAAAAGUGGCGUCAAAGUGGUCACCAUCUACGCGUUCAGUAUCGAGAACUUCAAGCGCUCCAAAUUCGAGGUCGAUGCGCUCAUGGACAUGGCCAAGGUGAAGCUGUCCCAGAUGGCGCAGCACGGAGACCUGUUGGAUAGAUAUGGUGCGAAAGUGCGCGUGCUUGGCCGUCUCGACCUGCUCAAGCCCGACGUUCUCGCUGCGGUCAACAAGGCUGUCGAUUUGACCAGCCGCAAUGGUGACCGCGUGUUGAACAUUUGCUUCCCCUAUACCUCCCGCGACGAGAUUACGACUGCGAUCCGCGAUACGGUGGAGGAUUACAGCACACCUCUCCGCCCUGCUCUCUCCGCGAACGGCCCUGCUCGCACGCCCUUCUCCGAAUCUCAUAUCGCGCAUAACAUUCGGGCACAGACGCUUGGGUCGUCAAAACCUCAAGAUACACACAGCGACUCCGAGUACUCGUCGGCGGAGUCUUCUGCACAGGAGGAUGAUCCUGCCUUGCGCAAUGAUCGUGCUAGUCGAGUCUAUGAGUCCGGUUCGUCCUUUUCGUCUUCUACAACUCUCCAUCUCGGCCCACAAGACGGCCAUCACAAUAAGGGCGCGGCUGCGGAGAAUACAUCGGAUGGUGACAGUCCCAUGUACAUGUCCCCCGAAACUAUUUCGCGCCAAAUCCUCACCGAUCACAUGUUGACCAAGGGCACGCCGCCUUUGGAUAUGCUGGUACGAACCUCUGGCGUCGAACGACUGAGUGAUUUCAUGCUCUGGCAAUGCCAUGAAAACACGGAAAUUGUCUUCCUGGAUGUUCUGUGGCCGGAGUUCGACCUUUGGCACUUCUUGCCCGUUCUGCUGGGAUGGCAACGACGAAUCUCCAAGUCUCGCAAGAACCCCAAUGCCGAAGGCAACUUUGCCGGUGAUACUCCGGAGACUAGCGAGGAGGAUGUGGAUAACAUGGUAUUGCGACAAAGCAAGGUCAAAGCGAUAUAG